AUGGCGUACUCUCCUGAGCAAUACCAAGCUAGCAAGGAACGAAUCAAAGCAGCGCAGAAGCGCUACUACCAGCGCACACGCGAAGCCCGUUUAUCUUAUCAAAAAGACAACGAUGACAAGAACAGAGACCAGAUUCGAGCUCGCAAAACCGAACUUAUUGAUGGUGAAGUCGAACUUAAUAAUGAAACCGAACUUAAUAAAUUAAUUUUUUUUCCUCGGAUAAAAUGUCGCCUAUGA